AUGUCUCGUCCCAGCCUCGAUCACAUCGUCAUUCUCAUCCCUCAUGACUCCCUCCUCAGCCUAUCCGACCGUCUCCAGGAUUACUUCGUUGUAGCGCCGGGCGGGACUCAUGCCGACGGACUGACCUCGAACAAAUUGAUACUCCUCCCGGAUGGAGUCUACAUCGAGUUCAUUGCGUUUGCCAAAGAUGCCUCCCCCGAGCAGCGCAGGAAGCAUCGCUGGGGAAACCUGAAGGAAAACACGAUUAUUGACUGGGCCCUCACAUUGCCAAGCGAGAGUGAUUUCGCUGCCGUUCAGCAGCGAAUUCUUGACUCGAACGCUGGUUUGUCGUACCAAGAUCCGAUUCCCGGAGGUCGAAAGAGGGAGGACGGAGUCGUCUUGGAAUGGGCCGUCAGCGCUGCGAGAGACGCCCAUGGAAACGCAAUCUCCCCGGGCCAUCUGCCGUUUUGGUGUCUGGACAGAACUCCUCGGCACUUACGGGUGCCCUACCAGGAGCAGUUCGAUCUGACCCAGCAUCCUAGUGGGGUUCAAGGGAUAUCCUCGCUCUCGGUGUCUGUUCCUGGGGCACAGCAUUCCGAUCUGUCAACAGUGUACGAUGCGAUCUACACCCCUGAGGGUUCUAGGGCCCUGGAACCCGGAACCUGGCAUUAUGAGGUUCCCUCGGGGUCGGGAGAUGGCAGGCACACCAUCUCCCUGUCUGUGAAUGAUGAGGAAACAGCGGUCACGCUCACCUUUCAUGGAGAGAGGCCAGGCCAGGUUGAGCUUCUGCCUGGGCUUACCAUUGCCAUUGAGUGA